AUGAUGCAGAAUGAUCCUGUCCAUGAGAUUGGGGUGGACAAUGGGACCACAGUACAGGAGUUCAUUCUGCUGGGCUUCAGGGCUGGACGUCAGGGGCGCUGGCUCCUUCUCAUCUUCUUCGUGGUCGUCUACACCCUCACUUUGGCUGAGAACUUCGUUGUCAUCAUGAUAGUCGUUCGAGACUCUCACCUAGCCCGUCUUCCCAUGUACAUCCUGCUGAGCAACUUCUCCUGCCUGGAGAUAUGCUAUGUGAGCGCCACAGUGCCCCGGAUGCUCUAUGACCUGUCCUUCGCACAUGGGGUCAUCUCCUUCCACGCCUGCUUCCUCCAAUUUUACAACUUCUUCUCCCUUGGCAAUACCGAAUGCUUCUUCCUCUCAGCCAUGGCCAUGGAUCGCUAUUUAGCUAUCUGUCACCCACUGCGGUACUCAAAAAUUAUGUCUCAACAGGCCUGCUACAAAUUGGUAGCUGCUUGCUGGAUCUUGGGUUUCUUGUGGUAUGCUGUGCCGGUGUUCUUGAUCUCCAGGUUGUCCUUCUGUGGCCACAACACUAUCGACCAUUUUGUGUGUGAUCCUGGCCCCCUCUUUGCCUUGGCAUGCCCCCCGCUGGGGUAUGUACCCCUCCUCUUCAACAUCUCUGUCUCAUCUGUGGUUCUGGCCACCUUCCUCUUCAUUGUAGUCUCGUAUGCCUUCGUAAGUGUCACCCUGGUGAAAAGAUCUAGCCAAGGCAGCUCCAUGAAGGGCUUCUCCACCAUCUCUUCUCACCUAGCAGUGGUGAUGCUUUUCUAUGGCUCUGUGGUAGCUAUGUACGUCGGACCGAACGGAGAAGAUCAGGCAGAGGCUACUAAGGUUGUGACUCUCUUCUACUCUGCCAUCACCCCUCUGCUUAACCCCCUGAUCUACUGCCUUAGGAAUGACCAGGUGAAGGAAGCAAUGGCCAAACUCUUGCAAAGAAGGAGUAUGAAGUAG